AUGGAGGACAGCGCCUUGUUGACGCCUUCAAGACGCAGGCGCAAGCGCAAGGUCCGCGGUGGAACUGGAAACAAUAGUCCCAUGAACGCGGCCUUGCUGCUUCUCAAGUCCUUUGUCGGUACCGGUGUCCUCUUCCUUCCUCGAGCCUAUCUUAACGGAGGCAUGCUCUUCAGCAACCUGAUUCUCUUUGGCGUUGCCGCUCUGAGCUAUUACUGCUUUGUGCUUCUCGUACAAACGCAGCUCAAGGUUGGAGGCUCUUUUGGUGAUUUGGGUGGUGCACUUUACGGCAAGCAUAUGCGCACCCUUAUUUUGGCUUCCAUUGUCAUCAGCCAGAUUGGUUUCGUUGCCGCUUACACCGUAUUCACUGCCGCCAAUUUGCAGGCUUUUGUCAGGGCUGUUUCCGACUGCAAGUCCUCGAUCAGUAUCCAAUGGCUCAUUCUUAUCCAGAUGCUCAUCUUCCUGCCAUUUGCUCUUCUACGAGAUAUUGGAAAACUGGCAUUUACUGCUCUGGUUGCGGAUGCCUUUAUUCUGAUUGGUCUGGCUUACCUCCUGUACUACGAUAUUCUGACCCUCAACGCCAACGGUAUCUCCGAUAUCAUCAUGUUCAACAAGAAGGACUGGACCUUGUUCAUCGGAACUGCGAUUUUCACAUUCGAAGGCAUUGGUCUCAUUAUUCCCGUUCAGGAGUCGAUGAGACACCCUCAAAAGUUUCCUCGGGUUCUUCUCAUCGUUAUGAUUAUCAUCACAGUCCUCUUCAUUGGCAUGGGAGCCAUCUCUUAUGCUGCCUACGGUUCUCAAACCGAAACUGUUGUCUUGCUCAACUUGCCUCAGGACAACAAGAUGGUCAACGGAGUUCAGUUCUUGUACUCUGUUGCCAUUCUACUUUCUACACCAUUGCAGAUCUUCCCUGCCAUUCGUAUCGCUGAAACAGAGCUUUUCACUCGCAGUGGCAAGUAUAACCCUUGGGUCAAGUGGCAGAAGAAUGUCUUCCGUUUCUUCGUGGUGAUGCUUUGUGCGGCCAUUGCUUGGCUCGGUGCCGACCAUCUGGACAAGUUUGUUGCUCUCGUUGGUAACUUUGCCUGCAUUCCACUUGUCUUUAUCUACCCUCCUAUGCUUCAUUACAAGGCGAUUGCCCGCACGAAGUUCUGGAAGGUGGCCGACAUCCUGCUCUGCAUCUUUGGAUUCAUCGCAAUGGCGUACGCUACCACACUUACUGCGAUGAGUUGGGCCACUGCGGAGCCUAAGCAUCCGGGAUACUGUGACGAGAGGGGAACAACGGUUGGCUUUUGA